AUGUUUACAGGAAAAUUAUAUGCAUCUCUCGGUAAGCGAGGAGGAAGAAUCGUUGGAAGUGAUCUUCAGAGUGGUUCCGCAUCGUUCAGAGUACGCGCCCUGAUGCCGGUCGCGGAGAGCUUCAAGUUCGCCAUAGAACUGAGGACCCAUACCUCGGGGCUGGCAGCGCCACAAAUGAUGUUCAGUCAUUGGGAGAUAAUCGAUAUUGAUCCAUUCUGGAGGCCGCGGACCGAAGAAGAAUAUCUUCACUGGGGAGAGAAAUGGGACGGAGUUAACAGGGCGAAGGCUUAUAUGGACUCUGUAAGAACUAGAAAGGGACUUGCUACCGACAAACAACUUGUACAACACGCUGAGAAACAAAGGACUUUGUCUAAAAAGAAAUAA